AUGAAGACUGUGAGAAGGAAAGCACGAAGCGGUGGCGCUGCAUUCGGGCCCUUGCUCGUUUCAGGUCACGAUGAGGACCGAAGGAAGAAAAAGGUCGCAGGCGGCGAGGUCUCUUUCGAUCGACCGAAAGAAGAAAAAGGUCGCAGGCGGCGAGGUCUCUUUCGAUCGAUCGCGAAGAGGGAUCUUCUCCGGGGUUCAACGAGGCCAAAGGGGAGGAAGGGAGAAGCAGCGAAGCUGCGCUCUUCUCAUCCGGCUACGAGGUGCGAAGUCCGGGCGUCGCAAGCAGCAAUAGCAUCGAAGACGAGACCCUCGGAGGUCUGUGGUCAAUGGGAACAUAAGAGAAAGAAAGCGAGGGGAAAGUGGUCUCUGGUCUUUGGCCGCUUGCGAAGGGGAAAUGAAGGCAGAACCGAAAAGAAGUCUUUGAUGGGGCAAGGAAAGGAUAGAGGGAAGAGGGAGAGGCUGUUACUGUCGUUGAUCAAGGGAGCACCAUUUGUGCUCUUGCUGUUGAGGAAAGAAGAAAGACGAAGAAGAAGGUGGAGGUUUCUUUGCUUGUAGUGAAUAAGGAGGAGGAGGGAAGAAGAACCGAAAUUAGGUGGAUGUUUGGGUUUGAUUUUUUUCCGACAGAAAAAAAUGAAGAGCGAAUGAUGGUGAUCUUUCUGCUUGCAAUCGGUGUGAAGAAGAAGAAAACGAGGCUGGUACUAUGAAUACUCUGAUUAUUGUUUAGUGAAACCUG